CAGCCGGCCGCCGAACGCUCCGUUUCGGGUGCCAAGCCGUGUCAUAGCUAUCCAGCACCCAGGACGUGAUGCACGCCAAGGCCAGUCCGAGGAUAACCAGGACACCGAACAGCUUCAGCAUCCUCCUGUAGCGGCCGGAGAGAGAUGGACAAGCUGCCGCCGUCUGACCCAGCACAGAACGCUGGCUAACCGCUAGGUUGUCACUACUAGCUAACGACACUAAACAACACUCAAACUACCCGCUGAGCCAUAAACUACGUGACUAAACGAUCAGCGCCCCAGACCGUUUGUGUGGCUGCCAUCCUCCCCGCAGGAGACGCAUCGAGGUAGCGGAUUCAUUGGCCAGCUCCAACCGGAGGAGGAAGUAGCUUCGAUUGCGGCUAGCUAGCCAUGUUAGCUUAACCGCCUGUCAAACUAGCCAACGCGACAGAGACCGGCUGGACUUGGACGCGUCAUUGUCACGUGAUAAGAAACCUAAUGUAGUAAGACGUCUCACUCGUCUACUUUUUUCCCCCCCGAUGCGCUACAAUUAAAGUAAAAAUUGUAGCAAUUAGCACUGAUUUUUUUACGGCAAAAUUCACUACCGUUUCCGUUUCUGAGCCGUUUCCCAUCAGUUUGAAAUAGCUCCACAAAACCGGGCUGUUGUUUUGCCUGUCGGUGUGUGCAACUAGCCGAGAAUAAACAAUCUUUCGGUUUAAAAGACCGCCAUUUUGGACGCGUUCCAAACAAAUCCCCUCAUCAGACGCGAACGCGGCGGUCGGACUACGUUUGCCGUGUCGUGUUUUCGUUUAGUCGUUUAUUGCGCAGCCAACACGGAUAACAGCGGAUGUAGUGUCAUUGUUUACAAAUAAAUCAAGAAAAAGACAACUCGUUGUGAUGACGACAUUGUGACGCCGAGAGAGAGAGAGCGCGUGCCUGCUGGCCGAGAACGCGCUUUUAAACAUCGCACGCGCGGGCUUGGGCUCGCUGUUGCGAGGGCUCGAGACUCGGGGACGCGCACGCAGGAGAAGCCCUGUCCCCCCGAGUUACGUGACGUCACGUGACGUCACGGCACGGCACUGUGGUCCGCAUCGAGCCGACACAAGAAGAGAUGCUGAGGUGACAGCCGAGAAGGAGAAACACCCCGCCGCGUUUCCGCACCCUCCGCUCGCAUCCACGGUAUGGGACGAGCCACCAUGGGAUUGAUCUCCGAGUCGACCCGGGCCUCCUCCGCGGAUUUAGCCGACGUUCUGUAACCACACCCGGCGGUUCUUUCGGAUCGAGACUCGGCAGCAGAGGGUUCUUUCUCAGGUUCCAGAUGCUCUGCCCCGUCUGAGCGCGUGGCUGGAGGGCGGGCGGCAAGCAGCGAGGGGAAGGACGGACCGGGUCUUCAGGCGGCAUGAGCGGGGGAACGGAGCAAGUGGACAUCCUUAGCGUGCUCUCCCUGGUGAAGGAGCGAUGGAAAGUGGUGAAAAAGAUCGGGGGUGGCGGUUUCGGGGAGAUCUACGAGGCUCUGGACCUGCUGACACGGGUCAGCGUGGCGCUGAAGGUGGAGUCGGCCCAGCAGCCCAAACAGGUGCUGAAGAUGGAGGUCGCCGUGCUCAAGAAGCUGCAGGGGAAGGACCACGUGUGUCGCUUUGUGGGAUGCGGACGCAAUGACCGCUUUAACUACGUCGUGAUGGAGCUUCAGGGUCGUAAUCUGGCCGACCUGAGGAGGAGCAUGAGCAGGGGAACGUUCAGCAUCAGCACCACGCUACGCUUGGGCCGCCAGAUCCUGGAAGCCAUCGAGAGCAUCCACUCUGUGGGCUUCCUGCAUCGUGACAUCAAACCGUCCAACUUUGCCAUGGGCCGCUUCCCCAGCACCUGCAGGACAUGCUACAUGCUGGACUUCGGCUUAGCCCGCCAGUUCACCAACUCGUGCCAAGAAGUCCGCCCGCCCCGCCCAGUGGCAGGAUUCCGUGGAACAGUCCGCUACGCAUCGGUCAACGCUCACAAGAACAAGGAGAUGGGUCGCCAUGACGACCUGUGGUCCCUCUUUUACAUGCUGGUGGAGUUUCUAGUUGGCCAAUUGCCAUGGAGGAAGAUCAAGGACAAAGAGCAUGUGGGCAAAUUAAAGGACACGUACGACCAUCGUUUGAUGCUCAAGCACCUGCCGGCAGAGUUUGGAGUCUUCUUGGAGCACAUCUCCAGCCUGGACUACUUUACCAAGCCCGACUACCAGCUGCUGAUGUCAGUGUUUGACAACAGCAUGAAGACGUACAACGUGGUGGAGAACGACCCCUACGACUGGGAGAGGACGGGCACGGACGGCACCCUGGUGAUCAGCGCCAGCGCCACCACGCCGCAGCAUCACACCCGCCUCACGCCGGCACACAUGGGCAUGGCGAACGCCUCCUUGAUUCCCGGCGACUUGCUGAGGGAGAACACGGAGGAGGUCCUGCAGGACGAGCAGCUGAGCGACGCGGAGAACAACGCCGCCCCCGAGCGUCUGCCCGGUUCUCCCGGCCACCUGCCCCGCGCCCAGGAGGCUGACGUGUGGGAGGAGCUGGACCGCAACCGCAACCGAAUCCGAACGGGGUUAUGGAAGGCCGCCACCGAGGAGGAGCACGGCGUCGACCCGCAAGUCAAUCAAGGACAUCAGAGCCCCUGCGGGGGGCCGAGUCUGGGCUCGCCGGUCAAAAUGCCCCCGGAGGUGGCGGCGUCGGACCGCGAGGGCCCCCUUCUGAGGAAGCUUCGCAACAUCCACAGCUUUGAGGUGGAGAGGCGGCUCGGCUUGGAGUCUAAGCCCAAUCCGGAACGCUUCCUGGAGGCUUGUUCCGCAAAGCAGGCGCUUGGAACCCGGCAGCAGCCCCCGGAGAACGGGGAGGCGCCCGACGGGGCGGUAACCCAGAAUGAUGCGCCCCCCGCAGCUGGAGAGCGUCACGAGAGGGUGUGGCACUACGAUGAGGAGUUCCUAUCCGGCGGCGGGUCUCCCAAACCGGCGUCCCCGGCCUCCCUGGAGCACGGCGACGGGGCGGCGAGCAGCGGCGGCUUCGUGGCGCUCAACCUCAGCUCCCUGAGGCAGGACGUGGACUCCAGGGAAUGGGUGCUCGUCGAGCGCCCCAAAGCGAGCUCCAGCCCCUCAGAGGAGGACGACGACGACGAGGAACCGGAGAUCCUCCAUCCCGGGGAGCCGUCACCCGGAUGGGAAAGAGGCGUCCCGAGUCCGAGUCCGAGCUCGGGAAAAGCAAAGCAGGACAGCGUGGCUUCCUCCAAGGGAAGCGCAAAAGUGGACAAGCUGGAAUUGAGCGUGGGCCCCGCCGACGCCCUGCCCCCCGUUACGCCCACCAGCCCUGGGGAAGCUUUAGCCGAAGGGGUCCUGACUCAGCUCCCCACCUCUCCUCCGUCCCUGCCAGAGGAAGUUGCCGCCCGGACAUCCGGCCCCUUCCCUCUGCGCUCACCCAGCCCCCACACCCUCCUGAGCACCUUGUCGGACCCGCUGCACCAGCGCCACCCGCUGGCCAUGAAGCGUAGCCAGUCUGCCGACCAGCAGCGGCGGCGGGGGCGGCAGGACGGCCCGCCCUCCUCCUCCUCGUCCUGCCACGCCUCUUUACCGCUUCCGCCGAGCCCCUCCCCCGGUCGCAGGAAAUUGCCCACCAUCCCGGUCGGCGCCGCCAACGCCAAGUUCCCCUCCGUUAUACGUAUUACCCGGGCCCAGUUGGAGCAGUUGACCGCCCAGCGUCCGUCCGGGCUGUCAUCGGCGUCGGCGUCCGACACGGGCGCGCCCCAGGGGCUCCUUCUGGAGCGGCGUGACGAUGACGUGGAAGCCCCGCCCGCGCAGGAGCGCACGGCGGACAUCAGCUCCCCGUUGGACCGCCCGGCGACGCCCACGGAUGCGGCGGCCGAGACUCUUGCAAACGGAGACGGCCGAGCCGAAACCCCGAGUCCGGCGCCGAGCCGCGUGAGCUCCCCCCGCUCGCCGCGCUCCCCUCGCAGCCCCUCUUUCCCGAAAACCCCCAAGUUCAAAGACAACAAAUCCGCCGCCCGUCCCUGCACCGAGGAGGACCGUGUAAAGGAUGUUCUCGCUCCAGAACACACCAGCCCCCAAGCCGCCGCCGGCGCCGCCCCACGUAAGGACCCCAACCGCCGACAAAGUCGCAUCCCCGUACUGGAGCCCUCCGUCCUCCUGGACCCGCCUCCGCCGGGCUCCGCCAAAGAGAAGCUUUUGCAGAAGAAAGCCAGCAGCCAGGGACCGCCCCCCUCGCCGUCCGCCUCGCCGUCCCUCUCGGACAGGCGCGCCGCCGCCACCGUGGCCGCUCUCGCCAGAGACCCGUUGUCCUCCGCCUCGGACCGCUCCCAGGAAGAGGACUCGCUCAUGGGCUCCCGCUCGGACCGCCAGGGGGACGCCUCGCUGUCUUCCUCCUCCAGCCCGUUGUCCCGCCGGAGCAGGAUCCCUCGACCCGUCCAUGCGGCCUCCUCCGCCGAGCAGCUGGCCGCCCACUUCCUGCCCCGUCCGCCCCCUGGGAAACCGCCAUGUCGCAACACCAUGGAGGGCAGAAUUCGCCGCUACCGCAUCCGAGCGGGCAGCACCAGCGACUCUGACCUCCUGACCUGCCUGGCCCAGCUGGUCCACGGCGCCCGCGGUUCCCCCGUCCACCACCGCUCCUCGGCCCCGCACGGCUGCUCCAGGGCGGCGGGCGCGAGCAGCCUCAGCGGCUCCCCUCACCACGUCCGCAGUUCCAGCGUCUCGCCGCGCAGCUCCUCUUCCCUGCAGCGCUCCGUCAGCUCCUCCCCCUCGCGCCACGAGCACCGCGGCGCCUACCUGGGACGCAGCCGCUCGCCGCCCAGCUUCUCCGGCUCUCCUCCGCUGCGCCGCUUCUACACGCAUCACCAGGAGACGUGCUGCAGCCGGCAGGCCCGCGCGGCCCAAUUCCACGUGUCCAGGGGUAAGGCGUGCAGUCGGGAGGGGAAGUGCUCCAGCAAGCUCGCCAGAUAGUUCCAUAAUACUCCCGAGACCACAGUUUUGCUACCCUUCUCUUUUCUAGUAUCCAUGUGUGUUAUCUUGUUGGAUGACAAACUAGUGCAGCUGCAGACGUCUCCUGCGGACCCCCGACGUACGGGGGCGGGGCGUACGCCUCCGUGUUUAUUUAUUUAUCCGGCAUCCACAACGCAGUAUAUAGUCACGUAUUUAUCACUAGUAUUAUCGCACUCGCUUUGUACUACGGCAGUAUAGUUUGACCAACACAGACGCGUGUACAGUUGUAUUUAUUAUUCAGAUAUUUAUUUUCACGCUUUCCUCAUGCCCCCCCCCCCCCCCCCCCCCCAAACCCCGUCCCCAAUACAAUCAAUCGGAUCAGUCAAACACCUUCCUGUGCCUACGGUUGCCCGGAGGAAGCCGUCAGACAACACGUGCAUGACAUAUUUACGGCAGCAAACUUACCUGGAAGCCAGCGAUAAUUGGAGUGACGUUACUUUUUUAACUUGUAAUAAUAAUCAUAAUAAUAAUAAUAUGAAUCCAAAAUGUGAAAAUUCUUCACAUACAAGUUCAUUUUUUAACCUCAAUCAUGAUGUAGCGUGCAUGAGAAAGUGCAAAAGGAAAAAAACGUCGCACCACACGGUAGCUACAGAGCCAAUGUUGUAACAGCAAGGGGGCGUGUCCACAUCAAUCAGUACGGAGGACGACUAUAGUCACAUUUAUACCGAUUUUUAUUUACAACAUAUUGCGCAACCGCAGGGUCUCGAGACACAUGCUAACUCGCAAACUAGAGAGCUAGCCACCUAAACGGUAGCCUUCAAGUUAUUUCCUUUCAACUUAAAUAGCCAAGAACUUACCACUUCCACAUGGAUAGGGAGGAUAACUAUUAACAGUUAUUUAACCUUUAACAUGAACAUGAAUCAAACGUAAUCAUUUUUUCUGGGUACAUGAUACCAUACAGCAUCCAUAUCUAACAUUAAACUUUCAUAUCAAGGCGGGGGCCUCAAAGUAGUGUCCUGCGGGCCACAUUUGGCCCGCGGGCCGGGCAGCUCCUUCACUGUGAAAAGUCCAAAAAAUAGCAAAGUAGCCGGUAUGCUUACACACACAUGCACUUGUAAUUGGCAUUUUCUUAUGAAUUCCUUUUUCAAGGUGUGACGUUUUCAUGUCACAAAUAAGACAAUUCCAAUGAAUCCACCCAAAAAUAUUAAAAAAAUAAACAUUUUAUCAAGAAUAUUUGUACUUUUACACACAGGAAACAACGUGAAAUAAUGAUAAACGACUAAUAGAUGGAACAUAUUGUUGAUGCGGACUCCCCGUGCGUCCUAUUUCUCACCUUCUUUCAUGAAAUUGUUGCCAAUCACGACUCUCUUUGGCCCCAUGGCGGAUUAUUUAGGAUUUAGCAGUUGCACUUCUUGUUUGGACACUCUAUGUACAGAGCAAGCAGAUUUGACUAUAGGCAUGGAAUUUCAUGUGUACAGGGCUCUAAUAAUGUUAAAAGUCGUGUAUAGGAACUCACAAACAGGACUUCUAUCCUCUAAUAAUCUAAUAAUAAUAAUUUAAUCUAAAUUUAUUAUAAACGAGGGAUGACUGUAUUAUUUAGCUUAAUGUGCUGUUUUAAAAUCGAAGUGCUGUGAUGGUUGGUUGUUUGGCGACACCCAGCGGCCGAAAUAAUUAUUGACUUGAGUCGUUGAGUUUACGUUUUAAAUUAAAAGUGGCUUCCUCGGGAACAUUCUGCCUUGUUUUAAACAGGUAUGUUUUUUUCUUGUAUUCACAAAGUAGAAAUAUUUGACUUAUUUCAACUAAUUUAACUUUAAUUUGUCUCCUUGUUGAUGUAAACAUUUUCUCCCUUCUUCCGGUGUCGUCUUCUUCGCUUGUUAAUUUAUUGUUAUCAGGAGCGACGCCAUGACACUCCAUGGAACAAAACAAAAAAUGGCGCCCUGGCGUCAUCGUAAACAUUCCUAAAUGCGACUUAAGCGUGUUGUUUUCAUCUUCAUUGCGCAUUUUGACCGAUGGAAUUCCGGAAUAUAUGCUACUGGAUUUGAAUUCUCGCCAAUGAUAACCCCUGCAUGCUUUUGAACCCGAACACUGACAACCAAACGGAACAAGCUACUCGGCAAACGGGUUUAAAAGACCACUUCCCGCCUGUUUCUUACCGGAAACGUACGUUGAUUCGCAAGUAAACAAAUCUUUCAAAAUUGCUCUGAAAUGAUAGCAACAUAUUGUCUUUUCGUGGCAUAAUAAAGAAGCAAAACGUCUUAUUUUGAACCAUUUCCUGCUAAAUUGUAGUUGCUAGCAUGUUACCUCAUCCCGGCAACAGUGUUGCUAGCCUAGCAACAGGCUAGCCUAACAUCAUCCCGUAUAUUAUUAUUGACUUUGUAGCCUUGUGAAAUAUCAUAUUAUUUAUUUUUAGUAGUGUUUAAUUUAUUUUUAUUUUAUGAUUCUAAUGCAGAGGUGUCCAAAGUGAGUCCUUCGGUACAUUCUAAAAUAAAAGGUUUAAAGUAAUGACUAUGACAAUCGAGUCAAAAUAUUAUGGGAAUAAUAAUUAGAAAGAAAGUAAAAACAGUUGAAAAAUUUAUUUAAGAAACACCGGAAAUGGGGCGGAAUUGGCUGUAAUUUUACGAGAAUAACGUCAAAAUAUUAUAUUAUAAAAUAAAAUUUAUACAUUUAUAUAAAUUCAUAAAAUAAAUAAAUAUAAUAUUAUAUUAUAAUAUAGACAAAAAUUGCAACUUAUAAUAUGAAGAAAAACAGUCAUAGUGUUUAAAUAUUUUUUUUUAUAUUUUUUUGUGAAAUUGUAAUAUGUGAAUGAACUGACUAGUCCCAGGUGCUGCCUUGCAAGCUUUAAUUUUAACCACCAGGGGGCAGUAUUGCUGCAUUGUUGUUUUUCUUCAAAAACAAUUUGAUUAAAAAAAAAUGAGAUAAGUGAAAUUUGACAGUGAUUAAUUAAUCACAAUUUUUCUUUUAAUUUGACGCCCCUAGAAAUAGAUACGAGAUAUUUUUUUUGGGGGGGGGUGUCUCUAAAAGUGCCUAAUUUUGAUACUGUCAACCCUAAAAUAUGCUUGUCACAGCUUUUAAACACCUUUUAAACACAGUUUUUAAAAUACGUGAAGAAACCACAAUAAGGCCCGCGUACUGAAAAAUCAAAGUAUUUUCAGCGUAAUAUAUUAUAAGUUCCCCUUUUUAAUAUUUUGACUUUUAUUUUUGUAAAAUAAAAAGUUUCCCAAUGGUGUUUUACUUUUUCUUGUUAAGAACAAGCUGAGGGCUAUUAAAAAAAAAAAAAAACAGCAGUGGUCCGGAAAUGACCCCCAGACCGCGCUUUGGACACCACUGUCACGCCGUAUCGCAGCAUCAGGUCUUGUCAAAACAUCUUCCUGCUGGAAAACGUUGCAUGAACUGUGAGACAGCGCCCUCUGCUGGAUUCAAGGCAGAUCAAUAUAAUUUUAAUAUACAGUCGUCCCUUGUUUUAUGGUUGAAUAUGACCUUUUAUUACUUUUUUAAAAAUUAAUUAAGCAAACUGCAUUAUGAAAAUAAUAAAUGAACUAAAAUCCAAAUCCAAGGCAGUCUUCAAUGUGAGCGUAGUGCCGUAACCUACAUUGGCCACUAGGUGUCAGUAAUUGGUCGCUGAUGCAGACACUAGUCUAGUCUCCACAAAGGUUCCCCCGGGGAACACAUUUACUGCGACGCACACGAGCAGGAGUUUUAUUUUCAUCUUACACGCCUCAUUUGCUCUUAGUUUGCCGCCAUUACGAUACAUUGACGAGACAAUAGCCGCCACAGGAAGUACGCUGUCAAGUAAAAAAAAAAAAAAAGUGUGAGUCUGUUAUCUUAUUUAUGUCUUCUUUUCUGUGAUUAUGUCUACUAUAUUGGGUGAUAUAGGGGUGUUACUUGAGAGCUCUAAUUACAUUGAUGGUCACAGGUUUUCAUUUUGUAGUUUGCCAUAACUACAAUAUUGGAGUGUCUAGAUGUAGCCUUGGUUAUUAUUUGGAAAGUUUUCUUCAUAUUUGACAUAUUUCAGUGAUGCUGACGAGGUUACUUCCGCUGCUUUUUUGUUUGUUUUUGUGGUUUCCAUAUACGGAAGCGGAAAGAAUGUAAGAAGUGAGACUUCCUGUUUUGUUUGUUUUUGUUUUUUGCAUUGAUUGUAUAUACUGUAAUUGCAAUGAUUCACCUUGUUGGCAUCAUUUGUAUCAUAUCAAUGCUUUGUACAGUGCUUUUUUCUUGCUUUUCGCUCGUCAUUGUUUUGCUUUCAUUUCAAAAUUGUUUUGUAUUUUAUUUUUAUAAACCGGUUAUAAAUAAAAAAAAUACUCAUUUGGCA